AUGCCAAUUUCUCUCCUCUCUCACUAUCUACCUAUACGUCUUUGUCUAAUCACUCUCUUUUUACCUAAGACUUUUUUCUUUUUCCUCUUAAUUUUUUCACUCUUUUCUCUCGCUUCUAUCAGAACAUACAUUGAUAUGACCUUUGAAUUUUUUCUCUUAAAUUAUUCUCUUUCUUUUUUACAUCCAUUUGCUUGUUGCGUUUUUCUUUUCUUGUUUAUAUCUAUCUAUCUAUUUAUUUAUCUAUCUAUCUAUUUAUCUAUCUAUCUAUCUCUUGUGGGCUUUUUCAUCCCUUGUUUUUAUCCAUCUAUCUAUCUAUCUAUCUAUCUAUCUAUCUAUCUAUCUGUCUGUCUGUCUGUCUGUCUAACUAUCUAUGUAUUUAUCUAUCUAUCUAUCUAUCUCUCUUCUCUCUCUCUCUCUCUCUCUCUCUCUCUCUCUUUCUCUCUCUCCCGCUCGUUCGCUCUCUCUAUUAAUACACAGUCUCUCUUCUUGUCGAGUGGUUGGGAGAUGUCUUUUAUACUACUCACUCUCUUCUCUAUCUCUUUACUCCUCUCUAUCUAUUUAGCCACCUAUCUCUACCUAUCAGUACAUUUCAACCUAUCUCAUUCUGUUCAUGCCACUCUCUCUCCCUCCCUCUCUCUCUCUCUCUCUCUAUUUCCUUCUGUAGCUCUCUCUCUCUCUCUUUCGUUCCGUAUCUCUCCCUCUAUUACCUUAUUAUGUUCAUAUAACAGUCUCUAUCCUUCCAGCUAUCUAUAUAAGUCUUCUCCAUAUCUAUCUAUCUAUCUAUCUUUAUAUUUCUAUGUCUUUUCAUAUCUAUUUAUCUUUACACUCUCUCUUCCUAUUAUCCCCUCUUUAUCUCUCUCCCUUCUCUCUCUCUCUCUCUCUCUCUCUCUCUCUCUCUUCACUUUUCCACGUGUUAUCCAUCUCUUUCUCCUCUCCACCUUUCUUAAUGCUCCAUCUUGCUUCCUCGUCUCGUCCCUCUCUCUCUCUCUCUCUCUCUCUCUCUUUCUCUUGCUUUCUGUCUUGAUUUCUCUCUGCCGUUAUGUCUGGUCUCUCUUCUUCGUAUUAACCCUCUCUAUUAAAUCUUGGCCUCUCUUUGUCAUGAUAUCUCACUCUUUCUCGCCGUAA